AUGAUUUGGUAUCACCAGUGUCCCAUUAUUGUAAUGAUUACAAAACUUAAAGAAAGAAAUGAGGUAUGGCUAUGAGAGGCAGUGAAAUUAAAUUUGUGGUGAACUAUAUUCAUCAAAAUUAAUAAUCUGUUAAAUUUCAUUACCUUCAAACAUGCCAUAAUACUCCUUGUUGUCCCUCCAAAAUUUUGCGUAAGCAUCGUUUUCAGAAAAAAAUGCUUAUGCAAUAUUUUGGAGGGACAACAAAGAUUGUUAUGGUAUUUUUGAAAAAGGCGUAUGUGUAAUGAAUGUUGGAGAUUUGACAAUGUGAUCUUUUGGCUUAGUGGGGUAAGAUGCACUUCCUUAUUUGGCCUAUGUGAGGAUGCACCACUGGGCAGGGCAUAUCAUUACCCUCACAGAAAAAUAUAUUUCUGUGAGGGUAAUCCUAAGCAGGGUCUUGUUUUUUUGCAAAGAAACCACAGGGAAAAAAACAGAUAUUCUGUCAAUUCACCUACCACUUAAUGGGGAUCAUUGUCCAGUACAUGGUCAUAGCUUCAUCCUUGUAGCUGACUAUAACAAUCUUUUACAUUAGGUUCCUUUACCUAUCCCCUCCCCAUUUUGCCAGUCCAGAGGAGGUGGCAUGAGCCUAGUCAAAGACAACUGGGAGUCUUUGUCGGGGGUAUAUGAUUGUGUAUUUUUUAUGGUUAGAGCAUUGCUGUCCAUGGGGAAAAGAAGAAAUCCAGAGUUUAACCAGGGAAGAGAAGAAGCAUUUGAGAAUGAAUGAAACGUGGAGUUAACUUUACAAUGCACCUAUACGUGGUGUUGUCUCAAACUCAUACCACAGCAGUGAGAUGUGGGUACUGACAGCACUGCACCAAAACCAUUUCCACUGACAACAAGUGUGCUCUUUACUCCGCAGACAAAAUGUGAACGAUACUGGCCAGAUCCAACCUUUAGAAUGCAAGAGAAGUAUGGAGACAUAGUUGUCACAUUUGAUUCUGCCAUAGGACGAGAUGGUUAUCAGAUAACAUCUUUGUACAUAAGUCACUCACAGUCAUUAGAGGCUCCACGAAGGGUGUAUCAUUACUGGUAUACUGCUUGGCCUGACCAUGGAGUCCCAGACUCACCAAGACAAUUUCUCAGAUUAGUGGAAGAAGUACACAUUGCACAGGACAGGGAAGAUGUGAAAGAGGGGCCUGUGGUAGUGCACUGCAGGUUAGUAACAUUAUAGCCUCUCCUUUAAAUUGUCCAUGCCUUUCCUUUGACCCACUGAAAUUUUAUUUCUUACAGUGCUGGUGUGGGAAGGACAGGCUGUUUUAUCGCAGCGAGUAUUGGAAUUGAACAGAUAAAGGUAAAGUCAUACUGGCACUAACAAUCAAUUGGGAGCUUAACAAGUGAGAAUCUUGAUGGCCUGUGCCAUAUCCACAAAGUCAUAUUUGACAAGUUGACAUUCUAUGUAUUUAGGAUCCUUUUUAGCUUAUUAGGUGGUCUGUUGUAAAUCCUUGCAUAUCAGAACAGCAUAAUUAUUUAUUUAACCUCCAAACAUCACGUGAAAGCUCUUUACUUCUUAAGUAUGAAUAUAAUUAACCAUUGGUUGCUGACUGUGUAAAGUUUGCUUGAAGUUGAAAAAAAGCCUCAAGUGGUCUGUGAUUAACCAUUAGGUUUCAUUAUUUGCCUUCCAUCUGCUUGUUAAACACAGGGCUGUCAGUAAGGACCAGGGGACACUGAUUUCCCUCAGAUAUUUUAAGCUUGAAAACCGGCUACUUUCAUAGGAAACAAAUAGGCCUUUUGCAUUAGUUGAUCACAUGAUCAACUUUGGGCAAAGACGAAAACAGUUCACUUUUGAAAAAUUUUGUUAGCAUGAGCUGAAAAAGCAUAUUAAAAUUAUGUACCCUGUAAUUUUCAGCCAUAUAUCUCAAAGUAGCGAUUGCAAUGGUGGCUGAAAAUUUGAAGGAUUUGUAUGAGAAAAAUAACUCUUGCCACCCAGUCAUGCAUGAAUGGUUUGCUAUACAAAUCCUUGUAAAUUCUUAAAUUUUAAUUUGUUGUUAAAUCUUUCCCUUACACAUUUAAGGGCUCAAAUUGCCUGUUAUGAAUUCAAAGGAGAUUUGAGCCCUGUCACGCUUAAGGAAAUAUUUCACAACAGUUUCAAAUUUUCGAAAUUUGCAAAGAUUUGUAUGGAAAACCAUUCAUGCGUGACUGGGUGGCAAGAGUUGUUUUCUCGUACAAAUUGUUCUAAUUUUCAGCAGCUGUUGCAAUCGCUACUUUUGAAAAUAUGGCUGAAAAUUUAUAGGUUAGCUAAUUUUAAUAUGCUCUUUCAGCUUGUGCUAACAAUUUUUUUCAAAAGCAAACUGUUUUUGUGUUUACCGAAAGUUGAUCAUAUGACCAAUUAAUGCAAAAGCCUAUUAAGGAAGAUAGAAUAAAAAACACUUGGCAACUAAAACUUUUAGUAACAGCCCUGGGAAGAAAGGGGGAAUCUGACAAGUGAUCACAAACCUCUUCGGAUUUUUUCCACAAACCCCUCCAGUUACAAGUUUUUAUCGCAGGACUGACCAUUUUCACUUACUGUCAAAUUUGUCUGCAACUAUUAGAAAGAAGAUUGUAUAGACAUUCUCAAGAUAGUAAGCCUUAUGAGAAUAGACAGGUUAGUACUUACAAUAAUUCUUAGUAAGUAAUAAUAUUAUAAUUUUUACUCUUUUCCCAGGCUUAUCCUGUAGUGGAAACCCACUAUACAACCACCUUGUUAGCAAAACCCAUUCCUUUUAUUUAUCAACCAAUGACUAUCCCUUGGAGUGCCCAGUCGUUAUCUUGUGUGCAGUUUUAGGUUUUUAAGUAAUGGUAACAGGACUGAGUGGAGUCCAAUUCGGUCUGUAAUCAUACGAGUGAUUAACAAAAUCGGACGACCACGUAGCGGAAGCCCGAUUUGUUUAAUCACGAGUAUGAUUACUGACCGAAUUGGACGACACAAAGUUCUGUUACCAAUUAAUCAUAACUUUAACAAAAUUUGUGAUAUAAAAGGCUAUUUUUUAAAUCAAAACACAAGAAAUUCGAAAUUUUGUUUUGCUGGCAGUGAAAAAAAAAAGCCAUUUAAGUGCGCGCGUGAUGGCGCAUACUGUCCAGUUACUUAGGCAUGAUGCAUACUGUCCUAUUAAACUGUCCAAUUAAGGCUGAAAUCAGGGAAGUUGAUAGCCAAUCAGAUUUGACAAUUUUGUUAUGGUUAUGAUUAUACAACAAAUAAGAUGCCUGGCCUCAGUUGUUUAAAACCUGGAUAGCGCUUUACGUGGGACAAAUCAUUUAGGAUGGAUAGGUAUUAAUUUGGGAAACCCCUUUUUUAUUACAUUAUCCACUGGACAGACCUUUAUUCAGUGGAUAGCGCUAUCCACCUUCUGAACUACUGGGGCCUGGUGAGCCCAGUGGACAAGUGAGAAAAGCAUUAAAGCGGACAAAAAGGUCAGACUAAAUAACGGAAAGUCAUCAAAAGUCCAUAUUUAUUGAGGUUUCCAUUGAUUUAUGUAAGAUAUCUAGCAGUGAUAGUCAGUUUGAAAUCAUACUUGUUAUGUAGUGUCAAAUUAGGGCCGUUUAUAGGAGAUUAUAGGAACUCCAGGGGCUUCCACUUUUGGCACAGCCAGGCCCUAGACAGAGUUACGCACCCCUGGCCGGCAAACCAGUGCUCUCCAGCCAUGAGCCCCCACACCAAGCCAAAGGGACCUCCGAGCUAAAUGCCAAGCUCGGAGAGAAGGGGCUCAUAGCUGGGAGAAGCCUGAGCCCCUAUACACCAAACCUGGAGGCAUCCACCCACGCUGAACAUGUAGAAACAUGCAAAGGCUAAACAAGACCCAAGUGCCAAACAUACAGUGCCAAAGCCCCAUAAACGCUACAAACACUGUAAAACACCACAAAUGUCCAACCCCGAUGCCCAAUAAACAUUAUUAAUGCUGUAAACGGCACAAGGGUCCAACCCCAAUGCCCCAUAAAUGCUACAAACACUCUAAAUGCCACAAAACAACUAACCCGAACGCCUCAUAAUUGCUACAAAUAGCUGUGAAUGCCACGAACGUCCAACCCAAACACUCUAUAAACAAUCCAAACUCUGUAAAUGCUACAAAAAGUUCAGCCCCAACACCCCAUGAAAAAACUAUAAAAGCUAUAAAAGGAUACUAAAAAACUCAAUACAAGUAGUUGUACACUUACGGGCAGACAGACUCCAAAAAGUGCAAAAAACACUAUAAUAUGUUUAUAGUACUACUAAAACUAUUUACUGCAAAGUACUAAAAGGAAUGUGGGUGCCUGGUGUAUCCAGGGCCUCCAUUGUGGUCAGUCAGGCCCUAGAAUCCUCUCCCAUGGCUGGCAAAUCCCCACUACCCAUCCAUGGCCCCCCUUUCCCCCUUUCCAGGCACCUGUCACACUGAUGCAUGAUGAAUCUGUGGAAAGAGACAGGGUAGGGUUGAGGGGGAACACUAAAACAACCGCUUCACUCUAACGCGACCGCCACAAAACUGCUCAGUUUGAUACUCCUGCCUGUGACGAAGCAACAACGUUCCGUCUGAGUUGUGAGUUUGACCAUUGGCAGGCGGAGACUGCUAAGCCCGCGGCGGACAACUUGUUAAAUUUCCCCCAAACACCGCUAGAAGCCAACAACGCUUGCCCUGAGGAAAACUAGGUAAACCAACAAAACCAGAUGAAACGAUCGCACAGUAAACCGACUGCCUCAAUGCUGAAACAACUGCUACACAAAUGCUCAACGAAGAACUCAAAGGUCCUAGCUGUGUACAAAGCUACCACAUGGACCACUUGACUGCUAAGCUCGUGAACCACUUGACCGCUAAGCAAGUGAAUACAAAACCACAGUCGUUCCGUCUAAUGAUUACAGGACCGACAGGCUGUUGUAGAACUUUCGAACCAUAAAGUUGCAGACAAAACACCCAAGCGAAAACCAUGGCCAUGCUAAUUAGGAGACAAAUGUCCCUCCAGGAUUGUUGGCCCAAAUUGCGAGAAAACAAUGAUUGCACAAAAGCCAAGCAUAGCCCACGACAACAAAGAAACAAGCGGUUGAACAAACAGCAAAACAGCGAGAAUCAGAUGAUAAACGAAUGAUCCAGAGGCUAAACGAAGAAGUGGCCACCAGGAAUCACUGUACUGAGCACGUGGAGGUGAUGCAAGCAAGACUGACCGCACUUGAGCCAAACCACCGACUGCUGACCACGCCCGUGCUCCUUGUUGUUAACUGUGUCAAAUUAAAUGGCCCUAUUGUGCCUCCAUCUUGUCAAUACAACCAUAAUGAUUUAUCUGUGGCUCAGAGGGGUUCCACAGAGUGUUAUUCUUACCCUAAUCAUAGUCGAUCACUCAUACAUGGAAGAAAGUCUUAGAGUUUCCUUGUCAUCAGCCUUGUAUACAUCUCAAGACAUGACAAAUACUGUGUAACUACUCAUUGUCAAGAGGUUCGUAAAGUUUUAUAAGUGUCUAACAUUUUGUUUGUUUAAACCUUCAGGGGAGGAAUGGUUGAAAAUGAUCCACAAUAUGAACUUGUAUACCAAACGCUUCAUCAUUACUGGACAACUCGUACAGGGAGUGAGGAUGACUCACAUGACAUUGCUUUAGAGGCAAUCUUCGAUGAAUAGUCAGCUAAUUUUGAAACGAUUGAUGGAUAUACAGAUCAAUAAUAAUCUUACAUGCUGGUCAUGGGAGAAUAAUAAUUUAAAGGCUGCAUCAUUGAGUCUGCAAUCAAGUCAGUGUUUUGACCACUGCUAUUCAAGAUGCGCUUAAUAUUGCAAGAUUAUUUAACCAGCAGAUUAUAUAGACAAACUAAAUUCGAAAUUUAUAACCUUAUUAAGAAGAUUUAGGACCAUCAGCUAUGUUUAUUAUCAACUUAAAUUGAAGGCGAGUCUUCAAAGCACCUGACCAAGUUGGUUUGUUUGGAAGUAGUUCUGCCUGGUUUUAUGUUAAUUGGAGGCUUCCCUUGCAGGACAAGGGAACAACAGAGACCUGUUGAAUACAGGAAAUAUAGACUGACUUCACUGGCUAUGACUCAGAACUGCAUUGUUAAUUUACCAUUACAGAUGACUCAAGUUUGAGAUUAUUGUUAUUUAUGGAUUGAUGAGAAAUUAUUUCAAGAACCGGGAGAAAGAGACAAAUUUACAAGGUGCUUUUUAAACAUUUGUUGGUUGGAAGAACUGAAAACAAGGAGGCUUUGUGGGCAUGUCCAACUGACUUGUGGAAUUCUUGCCUUCUUAGGAUACAAGGAGGUUUUUGCUACAUAUUUUAAAUCCAGAGUGAUCACACCUCUGUUUAAUGUUACUGUUUGUAUCAAUGGUAUUCGUGACAGGAGAUUUUAGACACUAUAUUAAGGUGAAUUAUUUUUUCAUUCUUCCCCAUCAUCACUACAUCACUACAGGUGCAUUCUGCUCUUAUAUUUUGCAGAGAAGUGCAAUAAUGCAUUAUAAAAUAAAAGGACCUCACACUUCUUAGUUUACUGAGCAUCAAUGCUUUAAAAUUACUUUAUUUUGAACUUGUAUUGCAUGGAUCCUGGUUUACUGUUGGGACUAUAACAAGUUACCAAUAUAAAUGUACUUAAUUUACUCAAAUAAGUGCUGCCCAAUUUAGCCCUGAUAUGAUGACAAUCAAAAUAAUUAUUAUUUUAGUUUAAUAAAGAAAAUUAUAAUACUGUAGUUAAAACAAUUCUUUGUGGCAUCCAUCUUUCAAGUAAGCGCGGCUCUUGAAUUUUAGGUUCCACUUUUUAGAUGUUAAAAAUUGGAGAGUAAUGACCAAGCCGCAGUUGUUCAAAAGGUAGAUAGUGCUAUUCGCCGGGUAAAUCUCCAUCCAUUGGAUAGCGCAAUUGGUUUCCCUAAUACUUACCCACUGGAUAAAGAUACAUCCUGUGGAUAGCGCUAUCCAGCUUUUGAACAGCUGGGGCCAGGGUGAAACAUCAAAUACAUCCUUAAAGUGAGAAAUUAUUACAAAGUAUUUAUCAGAUUAAUAUUAUAUUGUACAGAAUUAUUACUGAGGGAUUUUAUGAAAUUCUUCUAUCAACGUAACUUAUUUACCCCAAGUGAUGUAUAUGGAUUAUGUUAACACAGAGAAUUGUCAAGGAAGUUUGUAUUUAAUUUAUUUUGAAUAAUAUUAAUAUUAUUGUUAUUAUCAUUGUGUGUAUAAAAUAUGGAUUCUGAACCUGCAGCAUUAAAUUGGAAAUAUUGGUGUUUAGUUUUUAAUGCCAGUAUAAUAAUUGUACAAGUAAGUUGCUGUAUUUUUUUGUCCAGUUUUGUCUUACAAGUUGCUUGACUUGUAACUGGACCGUACAGUUAACACUGUUAACUUCUUCUUCUUCUUUAUAAUAAACAAUCUAGUGUCAAAUUAGUGUGUGCAAGGAAAUGAUAAAUGCAAAAAGACCAAAAGUUAAUUAAAUUACUCCGAAGAACCCUUACUUAAGAGACAUUAACUUUUUAGGUGACUAUUUUAAAAAUAAUAUAUAAGUUCAUUCCAAGAUGGUACACAAGAUUGUUUCCUUAAAAUGUUUGGGAUGUUACCAAUCAUGUCUUCUGAAGUGAUCCACCAUGCUCAAACAAGAAGCAUUAAAAUAAACUGUUUCCUAAUUUCACGGGAAAAAAUGCUUCUCAUGUCCAAUGUUCCUGCUAAACUUCAUGUUGAGCUCCUUAUCAUCAGGUUGCCAAGUAUAUUCUGAGAUAACGGUAGCCAAAAAUUAUUUUCGGGCUUAGGGUUUGAAAGCUGUUUGGAAGCUGUUAUAAUUUCGGUUAGUAACUUAUCUAUCUUGUAACUUUGUGCAGAAAGAAAAGAAAGGAACCAUUGUGAAAUGACCUUUUCCUUCAAAAAUGACAUGAAAAGAUAUUAAUACUGUCCUAAAAAAGUGAUACUCUUGGAUUAAUAACCUUAAAAAUAUGGCACUGGUAAAUAAUUUUGACUGUUUGAUUUUAGUUUACACUGAAUAUUUAUAUACUUCCUUAACUGUAAAUAUUUUCUUUCUGGCGCAAAUUAUUUGAAUUAGUUUUGGAUAUUUGGGCACUGCUUUGUAUAUUGCAUACAAUGUACAUGAAAAUAAUGAACUAGAGGUUUUUAAUGAGAUACCUUUAACCUAGAUGUAUUCUUAAAACCAUGCUUUCACUUUUAUGCUGGAUAAAACAUGGCAUUAUCUGUGACAGGCCAAACUGUAACAACUACCACUUUGUCCUAGUUGCUAGAUGUGAUGUUAUAACAGGAAUGUUGUAACAAACACCUCUCAAGGAAUCUUUUUUAAAAGAAGUGCAAGUGUAGGUCAUAUCUUCCAAAAAAAAAACACUUCUCAGCUCCACACUGAUCUGCACCCUGCCAUGCAAAUACAUGUAGACCACCUUUAAAUAUAGGUUAGUUUUUGUUCCCACAUUUUACCAUACACAUGCCAGUAUAUUAGGCUGGAGGUCACCUCUGCCUUUAAGGCCCAACUACAACACAAUAUUUCUCGAUUAUUUCAUGAACUUCGUCACACAUUUUGUAUCUCACAGCGGCCAUGUAAUGUCUAUUUUAUUGUUUAUUUUGUCUGAACACCAAUGAAACACCAAACCAUUUCACUUCAAAAACGCACCAUAUUAUGUAACCAUAGCAACAGUGAUCUUUUCACAUUUAAAGAUAACAUUUCGUGUGAAAAGUUAUCAUGUUUCCACACUAAAGGUCACCUGGUAUAUCACUGAUGUUUAUAUAAUGAAAAUUUUUAUUUGUCUUACUUGGCUUAUAUGCCUGUUAACAAGAGAGACCAACUCAAAUCAUCUUUACCUGAAUCUCAUGAGCUCCAAGUGUAAUUAUUGCAGCGCAAACAGAAACAGGCUGAUACUACUGUAGCUUAAUUGCUUAAUUAAAGACUUUUAACCCACUGCAGGUUCAGAAAUAGUAAAGUCGGUCUUAUUGAAUUAACACCAGAAGUAGGUAACUCCUUCAAUUUUCAGUUACAUUUAUCAUUGAUGGAUAAGGAUAUUAUUAUUACAGUUACCAUGUAACUAGAGAGGGUACAAAUGGUACAAUGUUGAAGAAGAUGGGUUUAACAUGCGAUGAGAGUUAGAAUAAAAUUAUCAGAG